AUGCAGGGCAAGAUCCCCAUGCCGACGGCGGCCAUGGGCAAGACCAAGGCCAUGAAUCCCGCGCUGCUGGACAAGUUCCUGGACUCGUACCAGCCGCAGUACGGCAGCGGCAGCGUGGGCCUGUCGAGCGCCGGGUCGCGCGCGUUGAGCGCCGGCCGGGGCCAGAGCCUCUACGACCCGGCGCGGUCCUGGGACGGGUUGAGCGUGGACCCGCGGCCCUUCAGCCGGCUCGACACGAAGCCUUUGCCGGGCUGCGGCAAGCACGCCUUAUCGGCGGGCAUGGCGGGCCACCGCGUCGUCGAGCUCGGCCCGUCGCCCGAGGGCGGCGCGCUCUGCUUCGGCCCGUCGCAGUACACGGGCACGAUCCCGCUCACGGAGACCCAGGAGUCCUGCGCGCGGAUGCCGGGCGCCGGCGACGCGGCCGUCGUCGAGGUGUCGCGCUUCGACAACAACCACGUCGUCCCCGCGGAGGUGCGGCUCGUCGCGACGCCGGCCUGCGUGCCCAAGGUCUUCGCCGCGGGCAUCGCCGACGACCUCGGCGGCGCGCUCGUGGCCCCGCGGGAGCGGGUCGAGGCUUUGAACUUCGAGGUGAAGCAGCAGCGCGCGGCGAAGGUGCUCCGCCGCGCGGAGAUGCAGGCGCGGCGGCUGACGCAGUACAUGCGCGCGCACCACCCCAACGGCGUGCUGGGCGUCGACAGCACGGCGAACCGCAAGUCCGCCGUCUACGGCGCGCACGCCGCGGAGAUGCAGGACCUCGCGAGCUACCGGACGCACCACGCGGACCGGCGGCGCGGCAACCUGUCGAACAUCCUCGUCGGUGAGCAGCGCCACGGCUACGACCCCUUCGCCCACGACCCGACGCCGCGCUCCGACAUCUACUUCAUGCAGCAGAAGGCCUGCCACCCGCCCUACGCGGGGCGGGAAAAGAGAGCGGAAUUCCCGACUUCAAAGGCUCCCAUCUCGGCCGUUUUCCACUCGCCCUACGCGGACACGAACGCGCGCAUCUUCAUGAAGCGCGACCACGCGGUCAACAAGGACCGGCGCCAGCACCUCCGCGACAUGGACAUCUUCGGCAAGUCCUACGACGUCGUCACCCACGCCAAGGUCGAACAGUUCCCGUCCUCCGUGACGGAGCGCACGAACAAGAUCCUCGCGCACCCGAGCCAGCAGUCCGAGGAGCGCGGCCGCAACACCCAGGGCUCCCUCGGCGGCACGCCCUGCCUCCUCGGGACCGUGCAGUUCGCGGCGGCGCGGCGGACGCGGCGCGUGAAGGACCGGCGGUCCCUCGCGCGGGAACCGUGGCGGAAGUGGGCGCUGUAG